AUGAGCAAAGCAGCACCUUUCGCUCUUGAACGCCAGGUUAAAAAUAUUCAAUUCCGUAUCCAGCAAAAAAUUAGUAUUGCUGAUGAUGAAAUUGAGCGAUUUUCAGAAGUUUUAACUCAGUAUAAAUCAGAGAUUGUAAGAAAAGAAAAAGAAUUAGAAAGAAUUCAAGGAAAAAUAGAUUCUCUCACUCAAAUAAAGGAUGGAGAAAAGCGAAGAAUGCAAGUAGAUCAUCAAAUGAGGCUUUCUCAAAUGACAUUAAAUCAUCAAUUAUUUAUACAGAAGCUAAGAGAAGAACAAGAAAACGAAAUUAACCGAAUACAAGAUGAAUUUGGAACAAAACUUGAAAAUAUUUCAAAUCUCAUUGAUGGAAGAUUGGAAAGAUCUUAUAAAUCAGUUGAAAAAGAGAUAGAAAUGCUUCGAAAUACAAUUGAUGUUAAUGCUGCAACAUUAUCUCGUACAAAUCGUAAAAAAGAUAAUCUAGAUAUUGAAACUAAAGACCACUGCAAUACUAUUAACAACGGAGUUAUUCUUCAGCUAAGAUCCUAUGCUCAGAAAUGUAAUAAUGAACGUGCUAACAAUUUACUAAUGUCGAGAGCCAAAUUACAAGAAUGUGUUGCACAAAUUGAAGAUAUGGAAAAAGAACACAUUACAGCUCUCAACGAUCGUAAGAAUGCGCUCGAACAUAUAGAUAAGCAGUACGAAAAAGAACUUGCUUCAUUAGCUCAGCAGCACAAUCAUAAGAUUUUGAUGUUGAGUGGACAUUUAACAGAAACACAGAAAAGAAUGCAGAUUCUCAGAAAAGCUGCACAUAACUUAGAGCAGAGCAAUGAGCAGCAGCUGCAUGAGACCAUGAAAGAGAUAGAUAUGAUGCCUUCUCCAGUUCAAAAUGAUCAAGAUUACGAAAUACUUGGCGAAGAGCAAAAGAAUGGAGAAGAGUUAGAGAAAAAGAGAAGUAUUCUCAAGAUGGAAUUAAGGAAGAAAGAAGAGCUUUUAGAUGAAGUUCGAAAUGAAAACAGUAAGAUACGAAAAGAUAUAGCUGCUGUAAGUCAUCAGGUUCGUAUGGGAGCCAGAAAGGCUCAAUUCGGAAUUUAA